UGAAGCGUGUAGUGCGAGUGGGGCCGGACGCGCGCACUCCGCCGGCGACCCGCAAGGAGUUGGCAUCCAUUGGAAGAGUUUGUGAAACCCUCUCUCUGCCCAGAGUUCCAGGACCAAUGCAUCUUCCCACCACCUUAAGCCACUGAGCAGUUCAGAGCCCCAGUUUCAGAAGACUUGUCCUGCGACCACCAUGAGCUCUGAAUGCGAUGCUUCCAAAGCCGUGGUAAAUGGCUUGGCACCCGGCAGCAAUGGGCAAGACAAAGCAAUUGCCGACUCUUUACGUGCACGCUCUAUUUCUGCUGUUAAAAUAAUUCCCGUGAAGACAGUGAAAAACGCUUCAGGCCUAGUCCUACCUACAGAUAUGGAUCCUACAAAAAUCUGCACUGGGAAGGGAGCAGUGACUCUCCGGGCCUCAUCUUCCUACAAGGAAAUCCCAAGCAGUACCCCUGUGAGCCCACAGGAAACCCCACAACAUGGAAGCAAAUCAGGUCUGGAGCCAGAGCUUUCCCCAGCAGAUGAGUGGAGGCUUUCUUCCAGUGCUGAUGCCAAUGGAAAUGCCCAGCCCUCUUCACUGGCUGCCAAGGGCUACAGAAGUGUACAUCCCAACCUUCCUUCCGACAAGCCCCAGGGUGCCACUUCCUCCGGCCCAGGCCAGCCUGAGGUAAUAGUUGUCCCUCUCUACCUGGUUAAUACUGACAGAGGGCAAGAAGGCACUGCCAGACCUCCAGCAUCUCUGGGGCCACCUGGUGGCGUCCCCACAGUCCCGACGACCACCCCUGCCGCCUCACCUCUGACCUUCCCGACUCUAGAUGAUUUCAUUCCCCCUCAUCUGCAAAGGCGGCCCCACCACAGCCAGCCAGCCAGUGCUUCUGCCUCCUUCCCCCCCGUUAGCCAGACACCACCAUCCUUCUCACCACCACCUCCGCUGGUCCCUCCCGUACCGGAGGACCUCCACAGAGUCUCGGAGCCUCACCCCACAGGAGCUGUUUCAAGUACCGAAUCCAGUCCCCUAUUAAAUGAAGUUUCUUCUUCCCGUAUUGGAACUGAUUCCCAAGUCUUUACACCAGUUAGCAAGCCAUCAUCCGCCUACCCCUCCACAACGAUUGUCAAUCCUACUAUUGUGCUCUUACAACACAAUCGAGAACAGCAAAAACGACUCAGCAGCCUUUCAGACUCUGUCUCAGAAAGAAGAGUGGGAGAGCAGGACUCGGCACCAACCCAGGAAAAACCCACCUCACCUGGCAGGGCUGCUGAAAAGAAAGCAAAGGAUAACAGUAGGCGGGUGGUUAAGAGCACUCAGGACCUGAGCGAUGUUUCCAUGGAUGAAGUGGGCAUCCCACUCCGGAACACCGAGAGAUCAAAAGAUUGGUACAAGACUAUGUUUAAGCAGAUCCACAAACUAAACAGAGACACUCCUGAAGAAAACCCUUAUUUCCCUACGUACAAAUUCCCUGAACUUCCUGAAAUCCAGCAAACUUCUGAAGAGGACAAUCCUUACACUCCUACCUACCAGUUUCCUGCAUCUACUCCUAGUCCUAAGUCUGAAGAUGAUGAUUCAGAUCUGUACUCUCCUCGAUACUCUUUUUCUGAAGACACAAAAACUCCCCUUUCUGUGCCUCGUUCAAAAAGUGAGAUGAGCUGUAUUGAUGGUGAGAAGGUAGUUAAGAGGUCAGCCACACUCCCCCUCCCGGCCCGCUCUUCCUCACUGAAGUCCAGCCCCGAAAGAAACGACUGGGAGCCCCCAGAUAAGAAAGUGGAUACGAGAAAAUACCGUGCAGAGCCCAAAAGCAUUUAUGAAUAUCAGCCUGGCAAGUCUUCUGUUCUGACCAACGAAAAGAUGAGUCGGGAUAUAAGCCCAGAAGAGAUAGAUUUAAAGAAUGAACCUUGGUAUAAAUUCUUUUCGGAAUUGGAGUUUGGGAAACCGCCUCCCAAAAAGAUAUGGGAUUAUACUCCUGGAGACUGCUCUAUCCUUCCUAGAGAGGAUAGAAAGACUAAUCUAGACAAAGAUCUCAACCUCUGCCAAACAGAGUUAGAGGCAGAUUUAGAAAAAAUGGAGACGCUUAAUAAAGCAUCCAGUGCAAACCUGCCACAGACCUCAGCAGUCAGCCCUACUCCGGAAAUUUCUUCAGAGCCUCCUGGAUAUAUAUAUUCUUCCAACUUCCAUGCAGUGAAGAGGGAAUCAGAUGGGGCACCUGGGGAUCUCGCUAGCUUGGAGAAUGAGAGACAGAUUUAUAAAAGUGUCUUGGAAGGUGGUGACAUCCCUCUUCAGGGCCUCAGUGGGCUCAAGCGGCCGUCCAGCUCAGCUUCUACUAAAGAUUCAGAAUCACCAAGACAUUUUAUACCAGCCGAUUACUUGGAAUCUACAGAAGAAUUUAUUCGAAGACGCCAUGAUGAUAAAGAGAAACUUUUAGCGGACCAGAGACGACUUAAGCGCGAGCAAGAAGAGGCCGAUAUUGCAGCUCGACGCCACACGGGCGUCAUCCCGACGCACCAUCAGUUUAUCACUAAUGAGCGCUUUGGGGACCUUCUCAAUAUAGACGAUACCGCAAAAAGGAAAUCUGGGUCAGAGAUGAGACCUGCCAGAGCCAAAUUUGACUUUAAAGCUCAGACAUUGAAGGAGCUUCCUCUGCAGAAGGGAGAUAUUGUUUACAUUUAUAAGCAAAUUGAUCAGAACUGGUACGAAGGAGAACACCACGGCCGGGUGGGAAUCUUCCCACGCACCUACAUCGAGCUUCUUCCUCCUGCUGAGAAGGCUCAGCCCAAAAAGUUGGCACCAGUGCAGGUGUUGGAAUAUGGAGAAGCUAUUGCUAAGUUUAACUUUAAUGGUGAUACGCAAGUAGAAAUGUCCUUCAGAAAGGGUGAGAGGAUCACAUUGCUCCGACAGGUGGAUGAGAACUGGUAUGAAGGGAGGAUCCCAGGGACAUCUCGACAAGGCAUCUUCCCCAUCACCUACGUGGACGUGAUCAAACGGCCGCUGGUGAAAAACCCCAUGGAGUACAUCGACCUGCCUUUCUCUUCCUCUCCAAGUCGUAGUGCCACUGCAAGCCCACAGUUCCCCAGUCACAGCAAGCUCCUCAUGCCAGCCCCCUCAUCUCUGCCCCACUCCCGCCGAGCUCUGUCCCCCGAGAUGCACGCUGUCACCUCCGAGUGGAUCUCACUGACUGUGGGAGUCCCCAGCAGGCGUUCUCUGGCCCUCACCCCACCCUUGCCUCCUCUGCCAGAGGCUUCUGUCUAUAACACUGACCACCUCGCCUUGUCAUCAAGGGCCAGCCCCUCCCUGUCUCUCAGCCUCCCGCAUUUGAGUUGGUCAGAUCGUCCCACCCCACGAUCGAUGGUUUCCCCACUGCCCCUACCCGCCCCCCACAAACCUUAUUCCCCAGCACCCGGCACCCAGGCCUCCCUUCACAUCAAUGGAGAUAGUGGUACCCACAUGCCACCUUCAGGUGUCCACCAAAAUAGCUUCUCCCAGCCCCUGCUUGGGAGCUCUGAUAGUGUCAUCUCGGAGCUUAGCGGUGCCUUUAGCAGCCAGAGCAAGAGGCAGCCAUGGCGAGAAGAGAACGGACAAUAUGAAAGGAAAGCAGAGAGGGAGGCAGGUGAGAGAUGCCCUGGUGGACCCAAGAUCUCUAAGAAGAGCUGCUUGAAGCCUUCAGACGUGGUCAGGUGCCUGAGUACUGAACAGAGACUCUCAGAUCUCCACACCCCUGAGGAUAGCCGGCCCGGCAAGCCCCUGGGUGGCCCUUUUCCAGGAAGGGAGGCUGAGCAGCCAGAGCGGCAGAGAGGUGGCGAGCAGGCUGAGAGGAGAGCUGCUCAGAGAGGUUGGAGCCAGCAACCUCAAGCCCAGCAGCGAAGAGUCACCCCAGACAGGAGUCAAACCUCACAAGACUUAUUUAGCUACCAAGCAUUAUAUAGCUAUAUACCACAGAAUGAUGAUGAAUUGGAACUCCGAGAUGGAGAUAUCGUUGAUGUCAUGGAAAAAUGUGAUGAUGGAUGGUUUGUUGGUACUUCAAGAAGGACAAGGCAGUUUGGUACUUUUCCAGGCAACUAUGUAAAACCUUUGUAUCUAUAAGAAGACUGAAAAUCUCAGAAAUUAUUUUUAUUGGAGGAGAAAGCAUAAUUCACGAGCCUAUCUCUUUAGUUGAGUCAGUAGGAAAAUUAAUGCAGUGGAUAAAGAAAGAAGCAAAAGAGAGGGACAGAGAAGUGUUACGUUUGAAACCCGAGCCUGUCUAACAUUGUGUAUCAGACAGGGUCGACCGGUGUGCUGAGCAAAAAGAAUUGAGGCAAAUCACAUUUACUUAACUGCUUCUGGGAGCCGCUUUAGUCUCCCCCAUCCUCCACCUCCCAGGUAAUCUGACCUGGAGCACGGUCUAGAAGCGGAGUUAGCUGGAAAUGCCUCCUGCUGCCCCAGCCUUAACCAGUUCCCAUCUCAAAGGGGUCAUUGAACCUGAAGCAACCCUCAAGGUACCAGGCAGACCUCCAGCCUCCAGUACCAGUCUGCCCUGGAGCCAGCUGACCUCCAAGCACUCCUAGAGAUCAGUCUGGGGCAUAGAGGCUAUCCCCAGGCAGAGGUGGAGGCUCCCAAAUUGUCCAAGACCAAAUCCCUCACUGGACCUGCAGAGGUACAGGUGGAGAAAUGGAGGUAAAACAUAAGCGCCCAGUGAGUGCAUCCAGCCUGCUACAUAGCAUCACCUUUGACUGCCCUGGUAUUCAGAUGGAAAAGCAUCCAAGAUCUGCCCAUGAGAAUUGGGAGCAGAUUGCCAGGCAGAUAGGUUAUAUUUGUAUUUCCAAUUAAUUAAGUCAAGAAGCCUGUAGCCUUCGAGGCCACUUAUAGUGCAUUUUUUUUUUUCCAUAUUGCUGGCCUUUAUAGCCAGUCACCUUCAGGGCAAUGCAGUUACAUAUAUCAGAACAGCAUUACUAACCUUUCUUUUCCGGCUUGUGUUUGGGAGGACAGUUUGGAAUUGGUAGGCCUGUUUUCAUAGAAAACCAAGAAUGGUGUUCAGGGAUUCAUUUAACAGAUACAUUGUACCCUGGCUGCUGGGGACACCAAUGAGCAGGACUUGCUCCAGGCUCUGUAGGAACUCCUGAGUCUCCAAUUUUACUCCCUAUAGGAGUUCAAGGACCACAAAAUGUGGGAACCCAUGGCUGUGAGUCCAAAUGCAUCCUGGUGAGGCUUGUCUGCAGAAGGGAGCAGCAGUUCUGUGGCUACUGGCAGUGACCAUGAAAUCUGUCCUUUUUGUGGGUAGCUCUCAGGAGGGAGGCCCUUGUGAUGCCUAGGGUGCUUAGGUACAGUUCUGUCCAACUUGAGGAUGCUUGUAGGCCUCUGUUACUGAGACAAAGAUAGAAAUGACCCACUCUUUGCCUACCAGGAACUCAGAGGAUAUUGGGGAGACAGACACAGAAAAAGGAACUUAAUCAAGAGAGACUGUGAUAUGUGCUAAGAAGGGUGUGAGAGAGGAAGAGAUGAAUUUUCCAUGGAAGGAUCCUAGAAAGCAUUGUCAUAUUUCUGUCUCUAUUAGCUCACUUUUGGAAAUCUAGAAUGCUAGAAGAACCUUUGUCUGAGGGUAAUUCAUGGUCGGAAAUUCUUGGGAAUUUGCCCAGAGUCCUCAAACGCCGAUCUUUAUAAAUACUCAUCCAAGAUCACAAAUAGGAGUAGCAAUUCUGGGUGUUAGGGGUGUGUCCAGGAACUCCUGGAUUUCUGCAUGUAGCUCAGAAUUACCCCAGGACUGUUAUUCCCAAAGUCUAGACUAUCUUUACAAGUAGUCAGAAUUUUUCUCAGUGCCUGUGCUGAAGCUGCUCAGAUACCCAUCUUAAGAUCCCACCAGCUUCCCACUCUCUACCAGAUGGCCAUAGUACCCUCAUUUUUUCUCCCUAUCCUUUCAAAUCCUGUUCUCAGGAAAGAAACUAUCACUGAUUCAUUUAUACUAAAGUGUAAAUGACUGAUAAGAGGAAUGUCUUAGUCUCUCCACAGAUACUUGUUUUAUCUAGGGCAGAGGAGAGCCUUAAUCCCAAGGGAAAAGGGCUUAUGGAACUAGAGGAGUUGGGGGAGCUUCCUGGAUAGAAAGAGUCUUCUUGAUUGUCCUUAGGUCCCAGUGACAAUAAGGUCUGCUGCACCAUCCAAGAGCACUGUGUUUUAACUUUCUCUCCUUGAGGGGAUACAGUAAAAAUAUACACGCAUGUGCAUUUUGCACGGCGGCAUUUCACCCAUUUUGGAAUGUAUUGGCUAAUGUGGUUCCUGGUCUUUCUUAGAUGCAAACCAUUAAUAACACUAUCUUAUGUAAUAGUUUUUUGAGGGGUGCUUCUUGAUUAAGUAGGUAAUUUUGAACACCUCCUUAAAUACAGCUAGAAAAUAAAACCAAUUUGUAAAGCCACAUUGCAUAAUGAUGCCAGCUUCACGCAUUUGUAUAUCUCCAGAAAUCCAGGUAUGCCUCACUAAUUUGCCCAUCAUUAAUAAAAUCAUAUGUUAAAAUUUGCAUCUCUUCAGCUUCCUAUGUAUGACAAAACAAGGAACAAAGGUCUCCAAUUGCUCUUUUGUCUUCAGACAUUUAGUAAUAUAAAGUACCUAUUUUUAUGCUGAAAUGUUUAUACUGGUUUAUUAAUAGCAAAAGCAACUAACUGGCGGCAUGCCUCGAAACACAUUUUGAUAUACUAGCCAUGCUUCCAGGUAAAGGCAAGCCCCAAACUACUUAUCUUUUGCAGUCUCUCUGGGAUCAGUAAAAGAAUAAAAAUGUGUUUAAGAAGUGGGACUGUAAAUAUGUAUAUUUGACUUUGUAUAGCCCAUGUACCUACCUUGUAUAGAAGAAUAAUUUUAAAAAUUUGAAUGGAAGGGGGGUAAAGCAAGAAAGUCAUGAAGUUUUUUGCAUUUUUAUUUAAGUGAAGGAAUUCCAAAUAACUCACCUGAAGAUAUUUAGCACAAAAAUAGCCAUUGUAAAGGAUUAAAAUUUACAGUAAUUAUUCUUCUGUGGAGAGAUGGUAACUAUAAUCUCAAUUAUAGUUGGUUUUUUUGUUUUGUUCAUUUCAUUCUGGUUUAGGGGGAGGUUUUCUGUUUGGGCUUUUUUUUUUUUUUUUCUUCUCCUCCAGGCAGUCCUAUUUGUCUACCAUAGCAUUAAGUCCUAUUUCUAGAAUAGGUUACUAUAAACAAAGAUUAUAUUCUGAAAGAAAAAUAACUAAAGUUACAUGUAACCAAUUAAUUUAAAGUAUUGCCAUUUAAAUUACACACCGAGAGCAUGUACUAUGCUGACAUAGAUUUUUUCCAUUCAUUUAUUUUUCUUUAUUGCAGUGGAUUGAUUUGAUAAAUGUGUUGAAUUACUACAUUUGCUGUACAUAUUAUUUAAUAAACUUUAUUCAGAAUCGCGUGGCA